GGAGGUGAAGCUGAGGGUACCAACAGAGGAAGAAGUAUUUUUACCCUGGUGCUUUGGACAAAGGGAAUGAGCUCACUCUAGCUGGGACAACAAAACUCCCCUUGAGGGGGCGCUCUGUCUACUGGCCCUGGCUCCCUAUAAAGGGCCAGGCCAAGCUGCAGAAGAUCCCUGCAGAGGAUCCUGAGACAGCACCUGCAGCUGCCACAGCUCCUGCCUGCAAGUACCAUGAAGGCCUCCGUAGCUGCCCUCUCUGUCAUCCUCACUGCUGCUGCCCUCUGUGUUCCUGCCUCUGCCUCCCCAUAUGCCUCAGACACCACCCCUUGCUGCUUUGCCUACAUCUCCCGGUCACUGCCCCGCACCCACAUCAAGGAAUACUUCUACACCAGCAGCAAGUGCUCCAACUUAGCAGUCGUAUUUGUUACCCGAAAGAACCGCCAGGUGUGUGCCAACCCAGAGAAGAAGUGGGUUCGAGAGUAUAUCAACUUUUUGGAGAUGAGCUAGGAGAGGAAGCAGCCUGAACUUGACCUUGUGGAAACUGCUGCUGCUUGCUGUAGUCUUAACCAACUUAGGAAGCUUUUCCUCAAUCCCUACUCUCAUUCAUCCUUGGGAGGGCAUGGAUUCUAUCACAAGGCAGCAAUGGUAAUAUCUUCUCCUACUUGAAGCCUAAAAGAGUGGUUAAGGUCCUGCCUUGGCCAUGCGCAAUCUCUAGGCUCCCAGCUUCAGGCCUCUCAUCUUGCCCAUGGCUCAGUGACCAGGAAGGAAGUCAGCAUGUCUUUCAAGGCAAAGACGCAAGGCUAGGCUCCCGUAAGAAUUACCAAUGGCCAAUGUGCCCAUCUCCAGCCCUCACAGUGACUGACUGGCCAACAUUAGAAAUCAGCUUUUCAUUAAAAUUCUCAGUGCAAUUAC